AUGCACAUCUCACACCCAGUGUCCCGGUCCUCUCCCCAGACACUAUCCCUCCUCCUCCUACUCCUCAUCAUCAUCAACGCCGUCCUCGGCGGCGCGAUAGCCACCCCGACCGCAACCACAGCCACCACCCCGGGCAGCAAAAGAGAUGAACCCGCACCCCCGAACCGCGCCUACGAGGCCCCGCUCUUCGGCAUCACCCCGGCCCCGGAACCCUCUGCCGUAUCCCACCGGCUCCUCCGCGCCCGUCAAGGCGAUCCGCGGUCCUCGGACGGCCGCACGAAUUUUAUCGCGUGGUACUCCCAGUCCGGCAACUGGGUCUCGGCAACCUGUCCGUCAAGCAACUACUUUGCCGCGGACGGCAGGUUCGGGGUGUGUUGUCCGCGGGGAAACCCUUACUGCGAGAUGGCGACGUCGUGUGGCGGGCCGUUUGAUAAUUAUGCUAUUGGACCGACUGGACAGGCAGACUGGUAUGUAUUCUUCCACAUUCUUUCCUUACCUUUUGUCCCACCUACUAGAUCAUGGAUGUUAUGUAAGAAUGGGCAAAAGUAUGUGUACUAA